AUCAUGCUUCUUGAAAUGACGAGCUGACCUCAGAGAUGACCAUAUAAGCAUCAGGAUGGAGGUGAAUUUAGAUACGAUAGGCGGGAAGGCAUACGCCUCCCGCAAUCAUAAUGACAUACGACAUAUCUGGCAGGCUCAAAAUACAGAAAGAAACCAAAUAGAUUUUCUACUCACGUUGCGACAGGUACAAGGCUCUGCUACUGUUGGUGUGUGACAAGAAUUUUGUUUCCGAUGGAUAGCGUACAACUAGGUAGCUGUCAUGAUCAAAAACACUGAUUAAUUUUAAGUACUAUUUCUUUGCUUCACGAUCUCGAUCGCGCUUCACGAUCACAUCAGAAAUCUCCGAAUCAAUUGAACAAAAUAACUGAAACGCUACGUGAACACUAUAUAUAGGAUACUUCUCAUCACUCCACCACGACACUCACACAGACCCCCGCGAAAUUACCAAAGACUCGUGCUGGUCCUUCGGAUUUUAGUGCGCAUUCCCCAAGACAGAAGCCGUUUACAACCACAGAACCGGAGCAGGGGAAGUACCUGACAAGAUGGCGGAGUCGGAGCGAGGAGGUCAGGUCAAGCGAAGAGACCUUUGCCAAUGGGAGGUAUGGGAACUUUGCGGACACGAAGCCAAUGUUGGACAAUGGUAUGCUUGCUGUUUGAACGAUGAGGAUGAUGGCUGUGUGAAUGUUCGAGCCCAACUACAAGUUGUUGCAGGUUUAGACAUUGACUUUGACUCUCUAGCGACGAGUUAUAAUCUAUGCUCCUAAGUAUGUUGCUACCUGGAUUUUAUUCCUCUGUGCACGACCACUCGCACACUACUACUUAAUGUUUCCCUCCACCUUCAGCAACCAACAUGCGAGUAUCGGGCGGGGGAUUUUCAGAAGUAAAUUGGCAGUUGAAUUUGCGUGGCGGAUCAUCAGGGAAGCCGGAUCUUAAGUGGAAGAGGUAUAUUUGACUUGCAUUUCUUCUUGGGACAUCGCCUGUGCCCCAUUACGGCAAAAUGACACUAGGACAUUACGACCAAUGAAUUCUCGAACGCCUUAAAAUAAACCCCCGUCAAUUUGAGUCGAAUCCACCAGAUACUUCUCGAAGCCUCAUCAAUCCUUUGAUAUGGCGCCAACAAAUUUCGAGAAUUAUGGUGGAUGGAUAUCGCCUUCCCACAAAAAGCACGAGCGAAACAAUAACGCAUUGCCAAUAUCAACCAUUCGGGAUAUGCCUCUGGUACUUUUACUUGCCUCUGAAUGUUUCUUUGCUGUUGUUCUUCUACCACCACUUCUGUCGAACACCACCACAAAAACCCUCUCCCUGACCACCACCACCACCGCCGCCACAAACCAACAGGAUCUGAAACGGUGGCCGGGUUGUGAGGGCACAGCCACGAACAACUGGGAGCAUUUGACGACAGACAGGAAGCAUGGUCAUAAGAGCAGGAACAACAUGAAGUGGGAAACAACCUUGCGAGCGUGGGAUGAUAGUGGCAAGAAAGAAGAUCUAGGCAGUAAACUCCAGGAUUCGCGAUCCGAGGGGUGUCUUACGGAAAUGCUGGGAAAGAAGAAUUGGCAUUAUGGAAGAGGGAAAGAUGUCGGUAAGACGAGCUAUUUUUGAAUCAAGAUUACGAUUAGUUGUUGUUGUUGUUGUUGUUGUUGUAGUUUUUUCUAGUUAGGAGGUCUGCUCCACCAACAUUAGUAGUAGUUGUUGUAGUUUUUUUUUUCUUGCAUCCAAGAUUGAUAGAUUUUCUUUGUCUUUUCCAGGUGGAUCAUCAUCAUGAAGCACAGACAUAGAUCUGAUAUAGUUAAACCACGACCCAAAAGGGAAAUCGAACAUUAAGCUCAACAAGAACUCAAAUAACCACCUCGCUCCACCACAACACAUAGGAAACGACCUUGCUCUUCCAUAUGCUGCUGGCGGUGAUGUCAAGCUGCAUCAUAUUCGACCGGUGCUUGGUGAACCGCAUGACGACUCCUUGCGAUUGCGACGUAGCAAGCACCCUCGAUUACCAGCGCCACAGUAGGUGGCGGCCUGCCGUUCGCAGGGAAGAUGCACAACUGUCGCCACGACAGUCGCUACGAAAACGUCUGAGGAGUGGAAAUAUCGUAGUGACAACUACGGCUACCAAAGUGAUCACAUUCAAUAAUUUAAUUCACUAUUUACAAAGGUUUUCAACGCUAUCGCUAUUGAAAUUUGUGUACUAGAAUCUAUCAAGAAUCAACUAAAGAAAUGGUUUAUCUAUCUGUCCAGUCUAUGGCUAUCACAGAAGUAUAUGACAGUCGACAAAAAAAGCACGGCUGUAUAUCUAGUUGGUCAGGACUGUGUAAAAUCAGCAGUACGUACACAUGAUAUGCAUAAUGUCCAUAUUCUUGUCCUUGUGCUGCUACAAUUACAAAAUUAACAUUCAUCGACACUAUUAAACAUCAUCGAACUUCAUCAUCGACAUAGAAAGAUCGACGGACGCUAGAAAAUAACUUUAUAUACCAUUUUUACAGUAGGAGAAAGUAGAGCAUGCCGAUGCCAUUGAGGAGUAAGAAAGAACUCCGCACUAUCAGCAAACACACUGCUGUGGCGAGCAUAGAAAGUGUACAAAAGAAAGCAUUAACAUGACUUUCUAGAUCUGAAUAUGGUCAAAGAUAGCGAUAAGGAACAAACUCAGAUGCAAAGUCUGUAGAAGAGUUUGGCAUUUAUCUUGUAUACGAAAUCGACGUUUCUUGUACAAGUACAUGUUGUACUAGAUUUUUUUGAGGGCUCAUACCUAUACAACUGUCGCAGGAAGAACACAUCAACACGCUCACGCAACAGCAUGAUGAUAUAGUGGCCUCAAGGCUAAGCAUGUUGUCUUUUUUCUUUUUCAUGGGUCGAUCCAUCCAUCGUUCAUGUACUACAUCAGGAAGAACAUCCGACAAUGAUUACAGUGCAGUCAGCUGCUGCAUGGACACGACAAAGAAAUGAGAACGGAAGAACGACGACUCAGUAAACGUCAAGCAUAUUCCUUGCAGCUGGCUCGAUGAUAUUCUUACCAUCGUGUUGUUGGCCAAGGCCAAGAGUCUUGCCGACCAAGAC